CCUAGGCGACCCGCUCCGCCACCCUGCUCCGACAUGGACUCCGCAAUGGGCGAACUCUGCACAGGUCUUCGUCCAAGGAAAGAGAGACAUUCGCGGGCCAUCGUUGGGGGCCAAAGCUACCCCCUAGUGCAGUGAGCAGAGAAUUAAAUACCCGUCCGUCGCCGUCCACGAUAGACCCGGACGGCAGACCACACCGCACCGCAGACCACCAACCAACCCGAUCGUCAUCAUGAACCGAUACCUCUCGAUCCCCCUGUGCCUGGCGAGCGCCGUUCCUGCACUAGCGGCUCUGGGCGCGCGCGAUGCCAUCGCCUCCAUCUGCACCCAGAACAACAUCAUCACCACCUCCGACUUCAUCCUCUACAACAACCUCUGGGGCGAGGACUACGCCACCUCCGGCUCCGAAUGCACCUACCUGGACUAUGACAGCGGCAACUCCAUCUCCUGGCAGACCUCGUGGACCUGGGCCGGCGGCGCCGACUACGUCAAGAGCUACCCCAACGCGGUGCUGAACGUGGGCGCAAAGCAGCUCAGCACCAUCACCAGCAUCCCCUCCACCUGGGGCUGGAGCUACACCGGCACCGACCUCGUCGCCGACGUCUCCUACGACGCCUUCUUCUCCUCCUCCGACUCCACCACUGCCGCCCACGACUACGAAGUCAUGAUCUGGCUGGCCGCGUACGGCGGCAUCGCGCCCAUCGGCAACGAGGACGGCCCCAUCGCUUCCGCCACCAUCGCCGGCUACACCUGGGACCUGUACGAGGGCCCCAACGACUGGACCGUGUAUAGCUUCGUCGCCACCGAGACCAUCACCGAUUUUGACGGUGAUAUCAUGGAGUUCUUUACCUACCUCAUUGAUAACGAGGGCGUCCCCGAUACCUACUAUCUGCAGACCCUGGGUGCCGGCACGGAGCCCAAGACGGGUUCCGAUGCGUGGUUCACCGUCGCGCCGUACACUAUUAGCAUCAACGCUUAGUUGGCUGGACUGGGGUGAAAUCCACUGUCACAUGGCUGUACGGCUGUUGGCGAUCGGGAGAGGUUUCAUAGGAUUGAUGGAAUGGGAUAUAAUGGAAUAAUAAUUCGGUAAUUAUCCGCAAUAAUUUCAGGGGGGCGGAAGGAUGGGGGAGGGUUAUCAGAGCCCGUAAUAUAGUAUAUCAUACCGUGUUAGGUAGUACCUAUAUGUAUAGAACACUGGUCUUAGAUUAUC